AUGAAAAGUCCAUCUCGAAAUUACGUGUAUUGGCCAAGUCUGGACAGAGAUUUGGAAGAGUUAUGUCGGACUUGUGAAGCUUGCCGCGCGGUGUGCGACGCGCCGCCGCGCGCUCCGCUGCACCCGUGGGAGUUCCCACUGCACCCUUGGCAGCGUCUGCACGCGGACUUCGCCGACUGCGCCGGCAAACGCUUCUUAAUUAUGGUAGACGCUCACUCUAAAUGGAUCGAGGCGAUUGAAAUGCGAAAUACCGACACACGGUCGACAAUAGCUGUAUUUAGGAACAUUUUUUCACAAUUCGGUUAA